AUACUGUGUGAGCAGCUCAUAAACAACAAACGGCGACAGAUCGAUCAUGUGGCAAAUUUACAUCCCUUCUCGUGGAAGUUGUCUUGCGCAAGAAAUCGCACACCGUGUACACGCGCCUUGAGUUGGUCGUUUUUUCAGCUGUCAGCAGAUAGUUCAAUUUGGCUUAAUGUUUACAUUACGUUCUCUUGGAGGAAAAUAUUAAAAUAGUACGAACCAUAGUUGAAAUUUUACUAAAACCUAUUCAUACACGCGUGCACGUUGACCUUUGAUCUGUUGCAAAAAAAAACUAUGAACAAACUAAAGCUCAAUCAGAAGGUAAAGGUAAACAAAUUCAUUUCACUCACACACACGGGAGAGCAGACGGCCAUCCGAUGCCUGCAGGACAAUGAAUGGAAGCUUGAUCUAUCCUGCGAUACCUAUUUCCAAAAUCCCGAUCUGUACUACCGCGAGCUGGACAGGAAGAAAAUUGAACAGCUGUUUAACGUGUACCGCGACCCAGCCGACCCGAACAAAAUCAACUCGGAUGGUGUGGAACGAUUUCUGGAGGAUCUGAACCUAAAUCCGGAGUCCAAACUGGUGCUUAUCAUUGCCUGGCGCUUCAAGGCGGAAGCACAGUGUGAAUUCGCUCGGCAUGAAUUUAUCAAUGGAUUCUAUGAUCUCGGUGUCGAUAGCAUAGAGAAGCUAAAGGAGAAGUUGCCGCGCCUCGAGCAGGAGCUGAAGGAUCCGGGACGGUUUAAAGAUUUCUACCAGUUCACCUUCAACUACGCAAAGGAUCCGGGUCAGAAGGGGCUCGAUCUGGACAUGGCCAUCGCGUACUGGAACAUUGUACUUAAGGAUCGGUUUAAAUUUCUAGAUCUGUGGUGCAAGUUCCUGGUGGAAAACCAUAAGCGAUCAAUUCCAAAAGAUACGUGGAACUUGCUGCUCGAUUUUGCCACGUACAUUGACGACAGCAUGUCCAACUAUGACGCAGAGGGAGCAUGGCCGGUGCUGAUCGACGACUUUGUCGAAUGGUGCCUCAAACAGAAUAAGGUAACGCAUCCGUCAGUUAUCACUUCCACGACCGGCGGACACAUUGGUGGGUCUGGUGUCGGAUGCAGCUCACUCUCGAUGCAGCAUGUCCCAUCCACCUCGGGCGUCAUGAUGAGCAGCGUAACCGUUCCGGGCGCGGGCACGGCCACCUCCACAACAACGACGACGACCAAUCCGUACGGUGGUAGCCGAUCGAGCCCCUACGGCACAGCUGCCGGUAGUGCGGCCAACAUGUUUUACUAGAGUCACUACUAGAUAUCAGGUCCGAUAGCCGGCAGCAUAGAGAGCAGUCAGUCAGUCCAAGUCCCGCUCUCUCACUCUCUAUCUCUCUCUUACUUUCCUGUUUGCCGAUGGGAUUCCGCUGGAACUGCGGCUACAUAAGUUUUAGCAUCUUUUUUUCGUACGUGUUGCUGACUUGUUUACAGUCACUUGGGUGGCAAGUGCAAGCGAAAGUGUUUUCUCGGUGGUUCGUACAGGUGGCUGGUUCCUACCGUACGCCACAAAUGGAUUAUCUCGCUCAGUCAGUCAAGCCAGCGUGCUGGCACAUUUUAAACUGCAUGUGCAUUCCUUUUUUUAUCCACAACGCUCCCCACAAAGUCCUUGAUGGCUUGGCAAUACGCAUGCCGAUCCUGUGUACCGGGUGCGAUAUUGCGUAUCUGUUUCCGUUCGAAGUUCGAAGGCGCAUGGUUAGGGAAUCGGCGCCAGAAUAUGAGUACAUUAGCUUGUUUUCUGUUUCGUUCAUUUCAUUCAUCGUUUGAUAAAUGGCAUGCAAAAUUUGUCCAGUUAUGUGUGUAGCUUUGUUGUAUAAUUUUUAUGUUUUCCAUAGGUUUUGCUAUAGCGCCAUGAAAGUGUGUGUGGCCGGGUGAAGGCACAGUAGCUGGUUGGAGAAACAUUAAACAUUAGCGUAUGCAAAGUGAAGCAGGAGUAAGGUUUUAGGGUAAUUUCGAAAUUUUGCCUAGCAGCAAGAUCCUGCAUAGCAUUGGUUUAAAGAAAAAUCUAUCGAUUACACCAAUAAUUAAGUUACAAAUGUA